CAGCACUGUUCACCCUGCAAGCUUGCAUUCACAAGGAUACACCUACAAAGACGUUCUUUCAGAAGUAAAGUUGAGGAUAUCAUGAAGUUCGCGGUUGCUCUAGUACUGGUCGCGGUCGCUAGUGCGAUGCCAUCCAAACAAAGUGGGGAUGUCUGCGUCUCCCCCGAACAGUUCGUUGGGCGUUAUACAACGUACAUUCAUAAGGACAGCGGUGAGGAGAGCGCUGUUCCAGGCAACAUGUACUACGAUUGGAGACACAAGCGAAUUCGCGUGGACGUUCAAGUUGAAGGCGUUACGUACAAGUCGUACCUCAUCUAUAACGAGAAAGUGGGGUACACAGUCUUUGGCGAGCGCUGCUACAAAUACGCCCUAACUACCCCCUUCACUCCCGUUGAACUGCCCGCCGACGCCACACUCCUGGAGUCGGGUCGGGCGGGCUCCUCCGAACACGGACUCAACGUUAAGCGGUUUCACGGGAAAGUUCUGGGAGUUCCUUUCUUGGCCACUGUCACGGCCGAUGAGUGCAUCCUCGUCAGCUCGGUCGGUCGCAAAGACGACACCACUGUUAUCUUCAGUCUGUUGGAUGUAUCGCGACUGGAGGUGACGGAUGACGACUUUAAACGCCCGACAGAAUGUGUUGAGGUUGGGAAUGAAAAACGAUCUGUAGAGGAUGUGCCAAAAGUACCUCUGCCUUUCCUUUAAGUCACGCGUGCCGUAAUGUUCAAUAAAAAGCGACUUGUGCGCACAA